AUGGACCAACCAGGGUUCACGACCUCACUGGUGGCUGGUGGGGUAGCAGGUGUCUCCGUUGACUUGAUACUGUUUCCUCUGGAUACUGUUAAAACGAGACUGCAGAGUCCUCAAGGAUUUAAUCAGGCUGGUGGUUUUCGUGGAAUAUAUGCUGGUGUUCCUUCUGCUGCUAUUGGAUCCUUUCCUAAUGCUGCUGCCUUUUUUAUCACCUAUGAAUAUGUGAAGUGGCUUCUGCACACUGACUCGUCGUCAUAUUUGAGUCCUGUGAAGCAUAUGCUGGCUGCCUCUGCUGGGGAGGUGGUUGCCUGUCUGAUACGCGUUCCUUCUGAGGUCGUUAAGCAGAGGGCACAGGUAUCUGCUUCGUCACGGACGUUUCAUAUUUUUUCUAACAUCUUGUAUCAAGAGGGCGUGCCAGGAUUGUACCGAGGCUACAAAAGCACAGUCUUAAGAGAGAUUCCUUUCUCUUUGGUCCAGUUUCCUUUAUGGGAAGCCUUAAAAGCACUCUGGUCCUGGAGGCAGGAUCACGUGGUGGAUUCUUGGCAGUCGGCGGUCUGUGGAGCUUUUGCAGGUGGAUUUGCAGCUGCGGUCACCACGCCUCUGGAUGUGGCAAAGACGAGAAUCAUGUUGGCCAAGACGGGUUCCAGCGCUGCGGAUGGGAACGUGCUCUCCGCCCUGCAGGGGGUCUGGCGGACACAAGGCAUCUCGGGAUUGUUUGCAGGUGUCUUCCCUCGGAUGGCAGCCAUCAGCCUGGGCGGGUUCAUCUUUCUCGGUGCUUAUGACCAGACACGCAGCCUGCUGUCGGAGCUCGGCCGAGUGCACUCCUGA